AUGCCAAAGAAUUUUAGCUCCGACUACGUGUAUGUUUUUUGGAUCUUAAGGAGGCUUUGGGAUGGUCAACUGGGACAAGGACCACCGGGAACACAAACUUUAUCGAAUGGGUUGACCCCGAUGUGGAUCGAUACAAUCAACAAUAAUCAAGAUGGAAUGAACAUUGUUGCGCAAAGGGCUGCCACGAGAUUCCUUGUGAAUUCCCCAGGUCGGUUUGACAACCAAGGAACAGUGAACAGCAUGACAACAGCUCAAUUGGCUCCACAAGUGCUGGCGAACAUCCGCGGAGAUCCAUUCUAUUGCGAUACGACAGACUGCCUCAACAACAAUCAAUAUAAUGGGAUCGGUUCAUUCGCUCCUCAACUCUACGAUGCUUUCAUGUAUUUCGCCUAUUGUUUGAAUGCAUCUUGGGCACUUGAUCCGAUAAAUGGCGGAAGGAAUGAGACUGUGUUCAACAUGGUUCGCACGACUGUCUCGUUCCCGGGCUGGUCCGGGAUGAUUCAAAUGACACCAAACGUGACUCGAGUCCCCCGUUUCUAUCACUAUGGAAUGAUGUGCCGAUGGACAGUCGACGACGAGAUUUAUGAACUUUACCUGGACCGGGACAAGGGUUACAUGGUCGCCACUCCGCUAUAUCUCGACGAAGCUUCCUCGAUUUGGGCUUUACGAGGCGGUGUCAGACCACUAGCGACUCCGGCUUGCGGGUUCGAUCUAGUUGCUGUAGCUGUAGAGGAAGUGAUCUCAGAAUCUACAAUCACUUUGGAUGCUUUCUUUGCCAUGUCAUUGAUUCGUGACCUCUCGGAGGGGUUGAGCUUCAUCCACAAGUCAUUCCUGGGUCUCCAUGGGAAUCUAAACUCAUCGACUUGUUGGAUCGAUGAAAGGUGGCAGUUGAAAGUGAGCAGCUAUGGAUGCUCGAGUCUGAGGAGAGGCGAAAAAGUCGACAAGCGAAAGCAAUUAUGGCAUGCACCCGAGCUUCUCCGCUACUCAGAUGGCCUAGGAAACAAAGAAGCCGAUGUUUAUGCUUUUGCGAUAAUCUGUUCGGAGAUCGUCACUAGGAAAGGCGUGUACGAUUUGGAGAAUCGAAAUGAGAAGAUUGAAGAGCUCUUAUAUAUGAUAAAGAAGGGCGGAUCGAUGCCGAUGAGACCCGAUUUGGAUAUACCGGAGGAUAUCGAACUCAAUCCAGCACUGCUUCACAUGAUUCGCGACUGUUGGUCGGAAACCCCGCAAAGUCGGCCAACAAUCACCACCAUCAGGACAAUCAUCCGAUCGAUGGCCGAGAUAAACGGAAGUCAACAGAAUUUGAUGGACCAUGUCUUUCAAAUGAUGGAAUCUUAUGCGGAGACGUUGGAGAAAGAGGUCGAAUCGAGAAUGGCUGAGCUCGUCGAGGAGAAGAAAAAGAGUGACAUACUGCUGUAUCGGAUGCUGCCAAAACAAGUGGCUGAUCGGUUAAAAGUCGGACAAUCGGUCGAGCCGGAAUCAUUCGAAAGUGUCACGAUUUUCUUCUCCGAUGUCGUUCAAUUCACGAAUUUGGCUGCUAAAUGCACACCGUUUCAGAUCGUCAACCUCCUCAACGAUCUUUACACCACAUUCGAUACAAUCAUCGAGCAACAUUCUGUUUAUAAGGUGGAAACAAUCGGUGAUGGUUAUCUUUGUGUCUCUGGUCUUCCCUAUAGAAAUGGAAUCCAACACGUGAAAGAAAUCGCCGAAAUGUCACUCGAUUUCUUGAGAGCUGUUAAGAUUUUCCGGAUUCCCCAUUUACCCACAGAAUCGAUCAAUCUCCGAAUUGGAAUGCAUUCUGGAUCCUGUGUGGCUGGGGUGGUCGGAUUAGCAAUGCCAAGAUAUUGUCUUUUUGGUGACACCGUGAAUACAGCAUCCAGAAUGGAAAGCAAUGGGAAACCUGGUCAAAUUCACAUGUCUUGUGAUGCCCAAAAUUUGCUGCAACAAGUUGGCGGCUAUUUGAUGGAAUCUCGGGGUGAAGUCAUUAUCAAAGGCAAAGGAGUGAUGGAAACAUUCUGGUUGUUGGGACGAUCUUCAUCCACUUUCCAACCAAAGCAAUCGGAUCCGUUGGACGAACGAAAGCGGCCGGAAGAGAAGAAAACCUUCCGAGAAAUGGAAACGAGAAGAGCGUCGAUUGACGAAUCAAUGAAAUCGCUAGAUUAU